AUGGCGUGGGUUGCAACAUCAGCGCAUGAUUUAGCAGAGGGAAUAGAGACGGAGGCAGCAGAUCCGAGCGAGGGCAUGGCGAAGCUCCUGGCGAUGCUGGACCCGGCGCGAACGGGCCGCAGCAGCACUUCCUUCGCCAUGGCGUUCAGCGCGGCACUGCUGCAGGGGCCGCCGCCCACGAGGGCCCCUGCUGCUGGAGGGGCGAUCGUGCGCAGGGUUUGCGGCAACCUGUCGGAGCUGGUGGCGAUCCUGGUCGACCACGCCGUCCGCAGGAAGCUGGCGGGCCUGCGCACCCGGGCGCAGCUCCGCGACGGCCUGCAGCAGCAGCAACCUGCCCUCGCGACGCUUCCGCAGCUGGAAGUCGUGCUGUCGCUGGGGACAGGCCCCGACAAUGUGGCAUGCGUGGCGCUGCUGCUGGGGUGCGCGUCCGCCUGGCCCAACACGUUGACGCCCUACUUCAGCAGCUACCCAGGCCCUGAGGCGCGCGACCUCGGCAUCAGGGCCCUGCUGACAUCAAUCUCAGACGACCUGUGCCCCGAGGAGGGUAUCACGGCGCAGGAACUGCAGCAGCUCAUGACCCUGCUGCCAAGACUGGUGGUAGAGCGCGCCUCACACUUUGCGAAGGCGGUCCUCGGCAGGGGCGACCACGCCAAGCUCAGCUCGCAGAUUUGCGCGCUGAACCGCCAGGACCGCGUCAAGGUGGCUGCGCUGCUGCUGGUCGGCGCACUGAGCCACAUGCCCAAUGCCGGGCAGGCUCCCAUGGCCCACGACGACACCCUGCCGCGGCCGCUGAGCGCAUCACAAAGCGUCGGGGUGGCUGCACUGGCGCGCCUGCUUGCGCCCUCGGUCCUCAUUAGAGAUGUGGACGGGCAGAUUGUGUGCAGCCUGGACGGCUCUGAGGCUGCCAAGACGAUCCAUGCGGUGGGAAGAGAGCUGCUAGGACAGCUCAGCGGCGGCGCGCAGUCGCGUGAGUGCGCCGCCAUCUGCGAGCUCCACCAGGGCGCGCACACCCCCAUCGGCCUGUGCGUGCUGGGCCGCGCCUGCGUGCUGGAGCAGCAGCGGCGCGGCACGUACCUGCCGGCAGCCGAUGCGGGCCUCGGCGGCGGCGGCGAGGGCGGCGCGGACGUGGCAGAAGCCGCUUGUGAGCUGGCCGGCGCCAUUGGCUCCAGCGGCUCACGCCUGCGCCGGGUCCUGACUGCAGAUCGGAUCCAGAGCAUGGGCCUGGGCGGCGUCGCGCAACCCGUUCUGGACAGCUUCGCCAGGACGCUGGCCAAGGCGCUGCCGCGCGCCGCGGGCGGCGGCGCCGCUUACGACGCGAGCAGGGUGGCGCUGAUAGCGCUGCUCGCGGCGCACGGGUACGGCGACGCGGCGCGCGCGCUGGCGGCGCAGGCUUUGGGGGGCGGCGCUCUGGAGUACCUGUUCCCCUCGCAGACCGCAGCUGCACAGGAGGCGCAGCAUGCCCCGCAGGCGGCGGUCGCCCUUGCCGUGCUCGCAGGCGCAGGCGGCGGCGGCGUGGGAGCCAUUGGCCCGCCGCCGCAGCCGCUGCUGGCUGUGCCGGCGGUGGCCGCUGGCGGGGCUGCGGGAGCCGGGUUUGCCGGCGCACAUGCCAUCCGAGCGCCGCCAAAGCGGCCCCAUGCAGUGUCCAACGGGGAUGCCGCCUCGACGGCGGUGGCAGCGGCAGUGGCAGCCGCGGCGGAUGCGGCGCAAGAGGACGAGCCGCAGGCGGCAGGCAAGAAGCCCCGCCGCGCGGUUGAUGGUCCGGGCGCCAGCAGCAGCAGGGGCAGCAACAGCACGGCAGAGGGCGGAACGGGCAGCGGGGCCAGCGGGUCCAGUGAGAGCUCACCGCCGGCAGCCGCGAAGCUCAAGGGGGCUGGCGGGGGGCGCGGCGGGGGGCGCGGCCCUGGUCGCCCCUUCUACGAGCGCGAGCUAUUGGAGGAGAUCCAGCGGGAGCACGAGCUAGGAACGCGCUCGCAGGACGUCGCGGACCCCGACGUGGCGCUGGGCCUGCUGAUCGGCGGCGGCUGCCCUGUCACCUUUGAGGCCAAGGAGUUUGCCACCGGCGCAGAUGCGAGUGCGAGCGGCAUUGCGGCGCUGCUGGAGGCAGAGCUGCAGGCCGGCUGGCGCGUGGAAAUCUCUAACAAGGUCAGCAACAAGCCGCUGGACCUGAGGAGUGGCGCUGAAGGCCCCAUGCUGCUAGUGUUCAAGAACCACCCGCGGGCGCAUGUCUAUGUGGCAACGGCGGCAGCGAAGGACAUGGUGGGGGCUCCUGUGUCCCUGCGCGCAGCCGGCAUCACGAAGGAGAAGGCGUCCAAAGACGCCUGCUUCUGCCUGCUGAGGCUGCUGCUGCCCCACAGCCGCGCGUACGCCAAGUGGUGGGGGUAUGAGGAGGAAUACUUAUCAGAGCUGCGCCUGGCCGGCGACGCCACUCUCACAGUCGGGGAAUUUUGCGCCCAGCUGGUUGGGGCGUGA